CUACUAACCCAAAUCCGAACAGGGAAAAUCGGGCUACGCGGCUUUUUCUUCCAACGCCGCCAACCCAUAUACCCACGACGGGACAUUGCCGCGGCCGAGGACCCGGGCAAGGCGCGGGUUCUAUUCAGGUGGUUUCUUAGGCUAAAUCGAUUACCGGAAUAUAGGGUAGCCGCACAGCUUUGGAAUGAACAGGAAAAAGAAGCGGAAGAGGGCGGC